GAUCAUGUGACUCCUCCUCCAUGUGACUGAUCACAUGACGGUGACAUCAUCGCAGGUCCUGUAAGCACACGGCUCCUCUACAGAUACAGGUUUCUCCAAUCCAGGGUCCUCUGCUGAUAUCUUCUAUAUAAGAGAAUUCUCCUGGAUGACCCAUCAACCAUGGAGAGACACAGGAACAAGAUGGCCGACAGGAUCAUAAACCUCACCCUACAGAUACUCUUCCGGCUUACUGGAGAGGAUUACACAGUAAUGAAGAAGUCCUCUAGUGGAAGAACCCUGAGCCCAAUCCCGGGGCCCCCACCUCACUCCCUGAUACAUGAGGAAAUGGAUGAACAGAAGAUCCGAGAACUCAUCAACAAGAUGAUGGAGCUGCUGACUGGAGAGGUUCCUAUAAGGUGUCAGGACGUGGCGGUCUAUUUCUCCAUGGAGGAGUGGGAGUAUGUAGAAGGACACAAGGAUCAGUACAAGGAUCAGGUCAUGAUGGAGGAUCAGCAGCCCCUCACAUCACCAGUCAGAUCCAGUAAGAGAACAGCACCAGAGAGGUGUCCCCGUCCUCUUCUUCCACAGGAUGAUCAGGGAGAAGGUCCGAACAAUAUUAAUGCUCCAGAGACAGAUGUGAGCAGUGAUGAGCAGUAUAAGGAGGACAUUCCUACAGGGAAAGAGUUCAUCUAUAUUAAUGCUACAGACAUAAGGAAAGAAGAAGAGACAGAUGUGAGUGGUAAUGAGCAGUAUAAGGAGAACAUUCAAACAGAGAAAGAUCUGAUCUAUAUUAAUGCUACAGACAUAAGGAAAGAAGAAGAGACAGAUGUGAGUGGUAAUGAGCAGUAUAAGAAGAACAUUCAAACAGAGAAAGAUCUGAUCUAUAUUAAUGCUACAGACAUAAAGGAAGAAGAAGAGACAUGUGAGCGGUGAUCAGCAGUAUAAAAAGGACAUUCCUACAGGGAUAGAUCUGAUCUAUAUUAAUACUACAGACAUAAAAGAAGAGACAGAUGUGAGCGGUGAUGAGCAGUAUAAGGAGGACAUUCCUACAGGUAACC